UUCUUUGGUGAUUCGCUGACAGAUUCUUUGGCUUCUUGAGGCUUCUCCUCUUCUUUCUUACUCUUCUUUUCUUUCUUGUCCUUCUUCUUUUCUUUCUUAUCCUUUUUCUCCUUCUUUUCAGUCUUAGGCCUCUUGUCCUUCUUCAAGGCAGCUUCUUCGUCUCUCUUUCUCUUCUCGGCCUAUAGUAAAUCAAUGAAUAAAACGUUUCCGGGAUGCUUUUUGACUGUACCUUUUCGAUCUUGGUAGGAGACAUAGUGUUGGAUAUAAAGAAAAGAGAAAAAAAAAGAGAGAAUGUCAAAAAAGGAUGAAAAACGAAAAAAAAAAAAGUGACUGGCCAUCCGCCACCCAAAAACGGAGACUGAACUCAAUAUGCUCAUUUUUUGCCUACUUUUCUUUAUUCAACGCAUUCCAAGAUGCCCACUGACGAAAAGAAACGACACCAACUGGAAGAUAUUCUGUCAGACAACGUGUCUAUUAUGGACACGGAAGACUUGGCUCUUGACGGAACACCUGUUGCAGUUGAAGAGGAAGCAAAAGAAGGCUUCUGUGUCGAGUGUAAGGACCAGGAGGCUGAUAUGUUUUGUGUCAACUGUAAAGAACCAUUCUGUGAAGUUUGUUAUGGCAUGAUUCAUCGAACUGGUAAACGUGCAGCUCAUAAAUCAAAAGCCUAUUCAGCAGAAGCAGUCAAUGAAAGUGAGGAAGAAAAGAACGAAGUAUCACAUGAUCAUGAACUAGCAGAAGAAAAAUUAGCCAUACCUGUCAAAAAGCCUGAAAUCAAUGUGGGUGAAAUUAUGGAAGCAAGGGCCAAGUUUAUUCCUUUACGUUUAAAAUUAGAAGAAAGAAAAUACCUUAGAAUGUUAGAAGCUGCUUUAAAUGUGACUGAAUACACCGAGAAAAUUGACGAUCCUGCAAGCACAGGUAAAGCUAAGCGUGUUGUAAAUCAAAUCAAGGAAUUGUGUGCCAUUUUGACUGGUAUUGUGCUUGGAUGUGAUUAUAAACGUGGUCAAGAAUUGUUUGCAGACAGAAGUUAUGAAGACAAUGAAGAGUUUUUUCAAACUAUUUUUGAGAUUGGCCGUAGACACAAGAUUAUGAACCCUGAAAAGAUGAGAAGUGCCUAUGGUAAACUCAUGUAUCUACUCUCUGACUCUAUGAUUCCAGAAGUAAAAGAAAUGCUUGGCUUUAACUGUGUUGUGCCUAUCAAAACAGUUUAUAGCUUUUUAAAAGAAAGACGCGGGUUAGACAUAUUGCAUGAAGACAUUGUUUUGCUUGCUACCAUGGAAAUCAUACCUGAUGGAAAAUCCAGAGCUCAAAUUCAAUUAGAAAUCAAGCGCAAAGAAAGAAGCAUAGAACAAUUGAGCAGAAAGUACCAAUCAAAACAUCUUUCUGCAGACGAAAUCCGUCAUUGUUUGUAUAGUAUUGGCGAUAACAAUGCCUACCUUAGAGCCAAUCGUGAUCCAUGCGAAAAGAUGAUUCGUUACUUGGAAAAGUUUUUUGAUCCCAAACAUGAAAGCGAUGAUGAAUAUUCUUUGUCAAUUGCUUCAGGUUCCCAAGGUCAUCGUUUGAGUCAUGACCAUGAGACUCAAUAUAUCUAUGUGAACCAGACAUUGCAGCUUUGGCGUGCUAUUUUGAGUGACAUGUUUAAGCUCUGGACUCUUGCUGAUCAAGACAUGCUUUCGACUUCAAAUCCCUAUCAACUUGCUCAGACAGGACAAGGUUUGCAUCGUAUUCAGCCUUGUCCAGCAGUAUCGAGAGAAAUGCACCGUACAUUAUUUAAAGCACAAAAAAAAGCAGGCAGUUGGAUUGGCAGUAGUGUGAUUCAUUUAGGAGACAGAAAUGUGCCUAAUGCGCUCAUGUUUAUUGACAAGUAUAACCAAGUGGCUCGUAUCUUGAGUCCUAUUUGUAUCACAAUUGAUAGAAUAGAAGAAUUAGCUAAAGAUAAUGGUAUUCGCAAAUACAUUGAAAAGAAGUUUGGCAGUUUGGAUCUUUGUAAAAAGACUAUUUUGACUGAUUUCUUUCGAUUCGCAUUUGAUGGCUCUGGAGCAGAUAACUUUUAUGAUGCUGGUAGUUGCAUUGACGGGUGUUCACAAAUUGAAAAGAAACCUUAUUUCCCUGUAUUUUUAUUAUCGGGAUUUGCUGGUUUUGAUGGCGAUGGAUGGUAA